UAUAUACAAUGAUAGAUACACAAGGAUGAGAGACGGGUAAUCUGGAUCAGUGAUACUUGUGUAUUUCAAAGUUUUCUCGCGAUCGAUGCUCGCGUAGAUGUCCGUUGAUAACGCUCGUAUUCGAUCAUAUUCGAUACGGCAAGGUGUUUCCAGGUGUUAUGCGAUGUUAGGUUAUGUUAGAUCAGAGUAGCCUUCAACGGAGACUUGUACCACUUAUACAUAGACAUGUCCGACGAUCUAUUGGCGAAGGAAAAAGAGUUUCACAGGUUGAAUCGUGAUCUUCAACUAAAGACACGUGAUGUAAUAAAGACUGUUGAUUCAAUUAUACAUGCCCAUGACAGCAAAAGUUUAUUUAGCGAUGCGAAUCAAUCGCUUCGAAUCAAUUUUAAAACGGAAGAUGCAAAAGCUAUACACUCGGAAGAUAUUGCGCCAAUGAUAAAUAAACAAUUAAGGACAUCGUUAAUUAAAGUAUCUGAAACUUCAGUGGAAUGUACCGAUGAUAUUGAGAUUCCAAAGAAAGAUAAUACUGUGGGAAAUAAAGCUGUUAUUAUUUUACUGCAGGGCAAGAUUGAUAUGCUGUACAAAAAGUUACAAGCAAUGCAACUCGAGUUUAAUAAUAAAAACGAUUACUGUAAAGAAUUAGAGGGGGAAAAGAAGAAACUUGAUGAUACUCAAAUUAAAUUAUGGAACCAGAUAGAAGCGUUAAACGAUACAAUUACAAAGUUGGAACGUGCAAAUUCAGAUACACUCUCAGAUUUUCAAGCUCUAAGCAAUGAAAAUAUUGUUUUGAAGAAGGACUCAGAAGGUCUUCGAAAAGAGAUUAGGAUAUUAAAUCAACAAUCAACUAAUCUUGACAUAAGAUUAAAUAGAUCUCUGGAAAGUAACGAGAAACUUAGAAAUGCGUUAAAAUGUAGUCAUACAGAAGAAAAGGAAUUAAGAAAUCAAAUUAGAAAAUUACAAGAAGAUAAGAAAUUAAUAAUAAAAAGUUUGGAAAAACAGCGAUCAGAAUUAGUGCAAGCGUUCAAAAAACAGACGUUACUCGUAGAUAAUUUGAAGAAACAAAACAUACAUUUGAUGGCAAAUGGACAAAUCAGUUUAACGAAAGAAGAUUUUGCAAAAUUAUUAGAAUGGAAACCUCAAAAUAUCUCUGACGUAUCAUAAUAGCGGGCAUUUCGUAUAAAACAUUUGUUGAAUGGUGUAACUUGUGUAAUUUAUGUAUUGUAUAAAAGAUAAAAGUAAUUCCAUUUUAUAGUUAUUUAUAUUUUACAGUAUUAUAUAUUACAGCACAAAAAAAUUAUAUUUGAUAUAUAUCUUUUCACAGAAACCUUUUUGUGUAUUUAUAUAUCAAAAUCAAGCAUUAGCGAAUUAAAAUAUUCCAUACCUUUCCAAUAAAGAUUUACAUGUGUGAUUCA